AUGACAACGAAGACCUACGCAGAUUUUAUCUACGUAUCACCUUCUGCUUAUAGCGGAUGUAGAGUUCUUCUGGGGCUCUUUUGCAGAAUUUUGAAAGAAAUUUUGGAUUAUGGGGUACGUAUGCUCGGCGAUGAUCUUGCGCUACGUACAGCUGCGCAAAUGACGCAACUAAGGCCGUCCACCGACCACUACAUGUCGAAAGUGAAGAGUACAUUGAAGCAGAUCAUGAGGGAUUGGAGUAAAGAAGGUAUUUUCUAG